AUCACAUCUUCCUCUUGUAUUGUGCGGUGUUUGUGUACACAUUUUGUGUGCACACCUGCGUGGCUGCUUUUACCACAUCUACUGUAUAUAAUAAGCGUGUGUGUGUGUGUGUAUGUGUGCUCUAUUGGCCGGUUUGUAUAUCACCGUUUGUCGUCAUGGCAAUGCUGUUAUCUAUCAUUUGUGCGGCAUUCAUCUGUUUCAGCCUCCGUGCCAGAAAAAAACAUUAUGGGUCUCUGCAAAAAAACAAAACAACAACAACAAAAAAUACCUUAUUCUAUCUGUGGGAAUGAAUAAGAUGAAUGAUGAAAAAAAAAAACAAUUGUGAACGCCCUAUAUUCACGUUUUAGCAUUCGCAAAUUCAAAUAUUGGCAGAUUUUUUUUUUGGGGGGGAUGUCCACCCAUUUGCUGAAAAAAUUACCUAUUCACUGUGUCUGUCCUCAGGCCAAAGCGAUAAAAGUAUUACUUUGGCGCAAAGGAACAAUGUUGGAGUGAGAUGAGGACUUUCAUUCAAACAAAAUUAGUGUUCGCGGCACCUGGAAAAACCUGUCCGAAUUAUUAACCUUUUUAGGGGGAGUUUGUUGUUCCUGAAUUUUCGCUGUUUGCUGUAUAUUAAUAAGAUACAAAUUUUAAGGCACCUAUCUAAAAUGACCAGUUUUCAGAUUUUGACAUUUACAUGUAUGUGUUUGAGUAAAAUAAUGUUUGCUUAUGAAAACAAUUACAAACGUUUUCUGUAAUUGCCUCUGGAUUCCACAAGAUGGCGGCAAAGCACCCCCCUGUUUUUUUUUGUGUGUACAUUCCAUUUGUCGUCAUGGCAAUACCAAUUCGUAUUAAUUUGUUUCGACCUCCCCUGUUCCCGUAGGUGCACCACUUGUGGUGUCUUUCCCUUUUUUUUUAAUUUAAUUUUUUUAUUUUUAUAUAAAUCCUCAUGGAUGUCAAUAUGAUGCCCGCGUCGUCUUCCGCCUGGCCCGGAGAGGAGCGACCGUCUCUGCUGGACGAGGAGGAGCCCGAGCUGAGCCAAGUGUCGGUGGCCGCGCCGUGCACGUCCCUGGGAGCGGGCGAGCGGCUCCUGUGCGGCGGCAGCCCGGCCGGCGCCGGACCCCGACGCAGCGAGUCCAAAGGCGAGCUGGUCAUCGUCAUCAACGAGAAGCUUAAGAGCAGUAACGGGGUCCUGGCGGGGGACGGCGCCUCGCCCGUGGUGUCGUCGCCUCCCCGACGUCAGCGCUCCAUCUCGUACCCGCACCACGCCAAGACCAGGAAGGGCAGCCGGGCGGGCUCCGUCGGCUACACGGCCUUCUCGCCCAGGCCCUCGCUGUCCCGCCACUCCAGCAUCGCCACCGAGGCCCCCUUGGACCGCACCAAGGUGAAGGACUACCUCCUGCUCUCCGUGCUGGCCUGCUUCUGCCCCGUGUGGCCCAUCAACAUCGUGGGAUUUGUCUACUCCAUCAUGUCCAAGAACAGCCUGGAGCAGGGCAACCUGGACGGCGCCGUGCGUCUGGGCCGCGUGGCCAAGAUGCUGUCGCUGGUGUCGCUCGUGGGCGGGACGCUCAUUAUCAUCGCCUGCAUUGUCAACCUGGCCAUCAAUGUGAGAACCUGAGUUUGGUCCCGGGAUCAAACGGGAUAAGGCAGCCGCAUCCCGACCGGCCCGCACCUGCACCGCCCGCCUGUCUUUUACCACCUCCUUUUUACCCGGAUGUGCGAGCAAAACCAAACGCAGCCACUUAAGUUUCUAGCCCUCUCUUUUUGCUCACUGAAGACAAUACGCAAAAAUGCCGCCGAGUCACAAGGGAGGCGGGAGGGGACGGGAACAAGGGAGGAGAACGGCCGUCGAGUUUCUCGCUGAACGACGAUGGAGGCGAACCGAUUGAUCCCUGAAGCCGCAGCGGAUUGGACGUCCUCGCCGCAGCGUGUCGAAUCGGAGACUCCACCGCACGUACGCAAUCACGCUCCCCGGAGGAGAAGCAGUCGCCGUCGCCUCGUUUUUCAGACUGCGCCUCAAUAUCCUCGCCGGGACGAAACGGAGGCUUACCGAGACGAGAAAGACAAAACAAACAAACAAACGAAUAGCGCCAAAGGGAUUACGCAAGUCUUGUACACAAAGCAAAGGGAACGUAUGUGCCAAAAAAAGAAACAAGUUUCAAGUCUCAAUUGUUGUUGCCAAAACAAUCCGGAAUCUUCGGAAAGCUGCCGUCUUUGAAGCACUGUGAGUUGAAAAUGUAGCAACGGCCAAAACAUUAGGUACACCUGCACCAGCUUAAGGCCCAUGUACUAGGACGCUCUUUGUCCUCACUAGCAAACUAGUAGAGCGCCAAUGUCUUACUUGUGUCACUAUUGUAUCACAUUUGUCUUUGUCUUCACAAGUAGGACAACUUUGACACAAUACUAGGACAGCUACACGUUACUAGUGAGGCAAAAGUGUGCACGAGUUGACAUCUGUGCUCUUCUCGCACUACUAGCGCAGAGCUAGAUGUUAACUAGUUGAAUUUUAUUAUGUCACUAGUAGUCCUAGUUGCAUAUAUGUAGUUACACUACACUUGUCAUGGACUGCAGUUUUGCCUCUCUACUAGUAACAUGUAGCUGUCCUACUAGUAUACCAAAGUUGUUCUACUAGAGAUGGCCAAAGAGCAUACUAGUACACGAACCGUAAUUUAAGACGGAUAUCGAGGAUAUCGAACGAAUGCUUUUUGGAAAGCCGUUAGAGCGUUCUUUGGAAAAACAUGGCAAGUGAGACAGUCAUUCCACUAGUUCUGCUCGUACGCAAAAUGUUCUUACUUGUCAAUCAAAAGUGAGAAUUAUUGUACUGCCUUUUGGGUCGGUCUUAUCUUCUUGGCUGUCACGAGUUGAUGCGAGUCGGAGAUUGAGAGGCUUUCAUCCAGCUCAAUUGGUCUCAAUCCAAUUAUCAGAUUGAUUUAUAGACGAGCGGCAUUCUCACAAAGAUCUUUUAAUGACAUUUCCAUUGAUAGAAGUAUCAUUUAUUUCAAUAUUACAAAAGAAAACAUGCUUGCUAGGUUCAUUGAAGACUCUAAAUUGCCCGUGGGUGUGAAUGUGAGUACGAAUGGUUGUCUGUUUAAAUGUGCCCUGCCUGCGAUUGGCUGGCGACCAAUUCGGGGUGUACCCCGCAAUGAGGAGAAGCGGGAAAAAGAAAAUGGAAUGAGUUUAUGCGCGUGUACCUAAUGGAGCGACCAGCGAGCGUGCGUUAACAUUCGAAUUAAAACCCUUAGAAAUCAUUUAUAUAUGCAAGCGCAUCUCAAUAAUAGAAAAAUCACUAGAAGUGAGACAAGUCUCACAAAAACAGCGAAUAGGUGAGUUUUCUGCAAAAAAACGGACAAUUGCAGAACCGCAAAUAUCGCAGUGGUUAGCUGUAUUUCCUUGAAAUAUGAAUCAACCUAUUUUUUAGAAGGCCAGUAUUUCCAUUUGAAAAAUCAUUUUGAUUGGUCUUUAUGAAAUAUUCUUUUUUUUUUUUUUUUUUUUUUUUUUUAGGUGAUGAUUAAUUUUGUUUGUUUUAUGUUACCUGUUAGCUAUAAUUAUCACAAUGAUGAGAACAAAAAAUCUGAAUACUGAAUAUUAAAUAUAAUAAUCCACUUUGAAUGCAAGUUUCCCUUUUUGGUUUUUUAAAUUGGACGACUGAAUUAAAAUUUGCUAAAGUUUUCCAUGAUAUUCUCAUUUAUUGACAUGCAUCUAUAUAUCGCUGUGCAUAAAGCUUUGGGGGAAAAAAAUAAGUGUCAAUUUUUUCUUUCCUGCAAAUGAAAAUCAAAAUGACAAAACAGUAUUUUGUAUUUGGAAUUUGGGACUUUUUUUUGACGCCAACAAACUGCAUGUAGUACCUGUAAACAGCAAAAUCAGAGAAAUGGAUCAUUUUGCAGUGGUCACCCCCCCCCCCAGAGCUUUAUGUCUAGAUAUAGAUAUGUAUUUGAAAAGAAGAAUGACUCUCUUGUGAGGCGUGCACUCACUCUGCUGUGUGGUUCUCAAAUGAGUUUUCUGAAGUGCUCCUGUGUACCCUUUGCCUGUGAUUCUCACUGUGAUGCAAACCAACCAACCGGCUUCUUACCCACUGUGCACAAACGCCGCCCGGUAACAUGGUACCACCCAACCCUCCAAUGUAUAUUUGAACUAGUAAUCAUGAGAUGUAGACGUGUAUUCCGCUCAUAUAAUCCUCAAUAUAGUGAUAUUAGUCCAAUAGUUGAUCAGGUGCAGUCGCCCCGGCCGUCCUAUUAGCGCCAGGCUACUGUUUUUCUGUUCCGAUUCUCUUUGUGGUGACUGGCUUGACGUGGGCUUUUUGAUUCAUGUGUGGCCCACGAGUCGGCACUUUGGAAUAUUAUACUUCUGCGGUACAUUUAUAAUAAAGACA